AUGGGCGACAACAAGGGAAUACACAUUCUGCAGGCUACCACCGCGACCCAGGAGUAUAUCUCGGAUGACCCCACAUGGGCUAGCGGCGACUUUACGCUCAUCAGCACCGACGGCAUCCGCUUCCGCGUGCCCUCGUGGUUCAUCCUGGCAGCGAGCCCCGUGUUCCGCGAUGCUGAUGGCUCGGGCACCACCUCCGGCGACAAACAGCUCGACUUCACCGACAGCCACUGCGAAACGGCCAGCACCCUGUGCGACUUCCUCGCCCUCGUGACGACCUCUAAGCUGCAUACUCUGUGGGUGUCGUACGGCGUCGUCGAGCUGUGCGAGCACAUCUCCAACCUCGUCACCUUCCUCCGCAAGUACGACUGCGAGGGACCUCUGCACAGCCUCAUCCUCGCCUUCCACUAUGCGUUCCUCCUCCGCGACGACAGGGACUCGUCGCUCGAGGCGUUGCUCCUUGGCGCGAUGGCCGACAACGUCGACUACUGUAAGAAGGCGAUCCGUGCCAGCAAGUGGGAAUAUGUCGUAGAUACGUCGCCGACCAACCCCCUCGCCGAAGCCCGCCGCGGGUGCUUUACGCUCCUGCCUUGCAACAUGCCCCUCAUUGUCUACGAGCUCUUCCCGACCAAGUACAGCUGGGCUCUGGGUCGUUCUUGGCCCGAUGCUGCGGACGACCGGGGCAGAUGGGUGGAGCUCUUUGCUGGGCUGGUGGAGAAGGCGAGCGCGUCCCGCUAG